AUGGUGAAAAAGUCAGAAAAACCGAGAGAAGGUGAGGAGCAGUCCAAAAAUUUGACGAAGCCAAUGUCGUUUCCAUCCAAGUCUUCGAUCAACAAAAAGAGGAAAUCAAAGUCGACGGAGAAGAACGAUGAGGGUUAUGUCGAUGAUGAUAUUUUUGUUGAUCUUGAGGAUUUAAUGCCAGACUUGUUCAAGUCUUUGGAGCAUGAGCAGGUUGCUAGUAAUUGCACAUCUACAGUAAUCGAUCCAAUUCCCCAGUCAGGCAAUAAUUAUGAUUUUUUCACUCUAGCAGAUAUUGAAAAUAUGUUUGAGGAUGAUUUGAGCAACAUUAAUGUUGAUGGUAAUUAUUUUAUAAUUACCAAUAAUGAUGAUAAUAAUGGCCCCUCCAUCAACAAUGUUGACGCGGCGGUGACGGCGCAUGUGACCGGAGUUGAGGAACAUGAGACGACAAGCUUUGAGGCAAAUGACAACUUUGUUAUUGAUUAUUUAAUGGAUAUGUUGGAUAAUUGCGAUGACAGUGAGGGUGGCAAAAAUUACGAUGGUGACGAUGGCAGCGAAGAUGAUGACAACGAUGAUGAUGAUGAUAGCGGCAAAGAUGACAACAUCGGAUACGAUAGUGACGAUGGUAGCGACGACGACGAUGGCGGCAGUCCUCUAUUGCCAAGCUGCGAUGUUGAUCAAUUAUUUGAACAAUAUAUUGUUUUCGCUUAA